CCUAUUAUAAAGAGGAAUCUCUCCGCUAAGUAUUAGCCAUUUAUUCUGCUUAUCUCCGCAGUUCAUCAAGUGUCCGUGUCAUGUUAAUGAUAAGGAUGUAAACAGUCGUAGAUAAUUAUGAAGUGCAAAAUUGACAUCUCGACAACAAAUAAAUCCUAAAAGCCACGUGACCUCCCUCCUUUAAACCCAAUCUUAAUCAAACCCAUGAGAAUUCCCUAAUCCCAAAUUCCACGACGAAUGACGCUUUGGCUUUUGCUACUAAUUUUCUAAACGUACGGCCACUACAUGUACUUUGGAUUUCCCAGUGAGUGAGCACAGCCAAAUAGGCAUGAGUGCAAGACAUGGGCGGGAAGAGAGAGAAGGCUAGAAAGGGGUAUUAGGGGAUACCCCACACGAUCUAAUCAGGGGGGAAUAAGAAACAUUUUGGUAGUACCCACAAGGUGAGAAGAGAAUCAAUCAUGCCAUCGGGUUCUAAGAAGAGAAAAGCUGCCAAGAAAAAGAAGGAACAAGCAGCCAACGACAUCAAUUCAUCAACCAACAACAGCCCACAUGGAAAUGAUCUGAAAAGCCAAUAUGAAAGGGACAGUGAUGGUGGCGAUGUUGGUUCCUCUGCAUCUCAGGAUGACCACAAUCACCAGCAUCCAUUCAGUCAGGGGAGAGAAAAUGCGACAAGAGCACCAUCACCUUUUCAAUCACAUGGAACUGAGGAGCAGUCUGUGGAAGAAGCCACUAGAUAUGCAGAAAGUACUGAGAAAUCGGGAUUGGAUGAUGUUAUUGCUCUUAAAAUUGAAAAAGAGUUGGGACCUAAGGAGGAUCUUGAGAGCACACAUGUCCCUGUUCAGCAUGUUGAACAUGAUAAGAGCUCUAGCAGUAGCAGUAGCAGUAGCAGUAGCAGGAGUAGUUCGGAUGAUGAAUCUCAAGCCUUUGAGAAGAAGUCAAAGGAAGUGACCUCAUAUGGUAAUGAGGAUAAGUCCGCAAUGGUUAUGUCUGAAAAAGUUCUGAAGGUUGCUGAAAAUGAAACACUUGGGGAUGUUGAUAGUAAUUUUGCAGUGGAAACUGCCACCUUUGACAAUUUGGUUAAAACUAUAGCCGAGGAAGCGACUCAUGCUAUAGAAAUUUCUGCAAACAAAUCUGAAUCCGAUUUAGCUGAAUCUGGGUUGAACGAAAGUGGAGAGAAAUUAUUGCCCUCAUCAAAUGGGAUUUCUAGGGUUGAGUUGGAAGAAAAUGAAGGAAAAGUUUUCCCAUCCUCAGGCACUGCUAUUGCUGAAAGUAGUAAUGUUGCAGAAAAAACCCAAGAUUCUGGGCCACAUAUUUAUUCUGAAAAGCAGCCUCUUGUUGCUUCAACUCCACCAGUGGUGCAAAGAACCUCAUUGUUAAGUUGCUGUGGAUUGUUUGAUGUUUUUACUGGUUCUGAGAGAUAAUUGCAGGUUCGGAUUAUCCAUCAAGUUAAAAAAAGUAUAUUAUACUUCCUUUAUAAUUUGUCGGACUGCAUUUGACAUAUGCUCAGUAGCUCGUAUCCUGUGUGCUUGUGUGGGUACAUAUUGAGAUUCACAUAUAUCAUGUCUGAUAUGUUGUAUGGUUUCCUUUUAAUGCUGAACCAUCUGUUCAUGGAGACUUGCUAAGCAUGGCAGUUUGUCAAGUCA